AGGGUUGCGCGGCGCCGCGGGACGGGACGGGCGAGCGGGCCGGGCUCCGCGCGGGGUGAGGAUGGACGAGGACGUGCUGACCACGCUCAAGAUCCUCAUCAUCGGCGAGAGCGGGGUGGGCAAGUCCAGCCUGCUCCUGAGGUUCACAGAUGAUACUUUUGAUCCAGAACUUGCGGCAACAAUAGGUGUUGACUUUAAGGUGAAAACAAUUUCAGUGGAUGGAAAUAAAGCUAAACUUGCAAUAUGGGAUACUGCUGGUCAAGAGAGGUUUAGAACAUUAACUCCCAGCUACUAUAGAGGUGCACAAGGUGUUAUAUUAGUUUACGAUGUCACAAGAAGAGACACUUUUGUGAAGCUGGACAAUUGGUUAAAUGAAUUGGAGACAUAUUGUACGAGAAAUGACAUAGUAAACAUGCUAGUUGGAAAUAAAAUCGACAAGGAAAAUCGCGAAGUUGAUAGAAAUGAGGGCCUGAAAUUCGCACGAAAGCAUUCCAUGUUAUUUAUAGAGGCAAGUGCAAAAACCUGUGAUGGUGUACAAUGUGCCUUUGAAGAACUGGUGGAGAAGAUCAUCCAGACGCCGGGUCUGUGGGAGAGUGAGAACCAGAACAAGGGCGUGAAGCUGUCACACAGGGAAGAGAGCCACGGAGGGGCCUGCGGCGGGUACUGCUCUGUGUUAUAAACUCUGGGAAACUCCAUCUCUCUUGCAUAUUGGAUCAGAUAGUGACAUCUUUCUGUGUAUAAACUCACUGCUGUUUUAGGGACCUUGCAGUUUGCACAUAAUUGUUUUGUAUCAUGGCAGUAAAUACUUGCAAGAAAUCCCAUUCAUUGGCUUUCCCAGGUAGAAUGUUAUGGUAAGCAUGCACAGUUUGGCGUCUCUAGGUUUUUAUGUAACAUAAAAUAGGUGUACCGUUAGGUGUACAUUGGAUUUUAUGAUUUACAUUUAUCAUGUAAUUUUUUAAAAACAUCCAUCUGUCUAGUAUACAUUGGUAUAAAGUCUACUUUUGGUCUCCUUUUUUGCUUAACUAUUCCUGUCAAUUACUGAAUUACUUGGUAUACAGGUAUCCUACCUGUCAGAUUUUCUUUGAGGAAUAACAGCUUUUCUAGAAUGUGGGAGAUUCUUUUAGAACUAAGCAAAAUUCUCAGAAUGUAGCCCAGGUCAAUUCAUAACUAAAUCUCCAUUUGUUCUGAUGAUGCUUCAAAAAUGUACUUACAUGUUAGAGAAGUUUGAGAUUUUUUAAAAAUUUACUUCAAUGAUUAGUUCAGUUAUUUAACUGGAGUUUUAAUCCUGUAAUGUGUCCAUGGGAUUUAUGAUCCUUUCACAGUGUUUUUAGUGCCUGGUGAUUGGCAGAAUGGCAAUAAGAUUUUCCCCCAUUUUGGUCCCAGAAGAGCAGAGCAGAGCAGAGCAGAGCAGUAUACUACACUACUUUAGUACCUUCAACCUUGAAAACCACCACCUUUUCUUACAUGUGCUGUUAGUGUCCAUCCAGGGACCUCAACUGUACCCAUGUAAUGUUUUUGAAUAUCUGUGUCUUAUGGCUUCCACAAGUGGAUAGUUGAUCCUCAGAAACCUGUUUCUGUAUUUUAAAAGUGAGGAGAAAGCAUUUGAGAAAGGCAUAUUGCUUCCAGAUUCUGACGUGUGUGGGGAAAUGCUGCUGCGGUGAAAAGGUUGAUAAUUUGCUAUCACAUGGAACCAGUAGUUUAUCAAAACCAACUGUACAGACUAAUAAAUCUUUUCCACAGUAUUCAGUUUUCUAACCUCUUGCUAUUGUACAUUAUAUUUUAUCUUACCCAUUAUUUAAUUUACUUUGACCUCUGCUAUAUUAAGCCCCAGAUAAGUAAUUUGUUCUUUAAAGCUAGUCACUGUAAUACUCCUCAUUAAGAUUCUGAUAUUAAUUUCUUGGCAGUUCUCUAUGUACAAUUGCAAAUGAUAAAAAGACUUUUGUGAA